AUGGUUCCCAAGCUGCCCAUAAAGAGCUUGUCCAGCCGCGUCAAGUCGCCAGCCCCGCGCACCAGGCCACCGCGUUCCACGCGCCCUACAAGCGCCCACUCACCAGCCCGUCGCUCUCGCUCCCACGAUCCCGACAGACGACCAGAGUCUUCCUCGUCGCGGUACCCGCCCUCGAGUCGCCGCCAUCGAAGCCCCGAGCGCCGGCGAUACUCUCGCAGCCCCGAGCGCCGGCGCGAGUCCCAGCAUGAUCGCCACCGCCGACGUCGCGACUCGUCCAGCAGUCUCGAUCGCGAACCGCGUCGUCAACCGAGGGACUACCUGGACGAGCACGACGAUCGUAGAGGUCGCGAGAGACCAUCGAGCGCGAGAGACGGCGGAGAUGAUCAGCGAAGACGAUCGUCCACGCCAGACAGGUACAAGCCUGACCGGUACAAGGAAAAGGACCGUCCCGGUCGAGCGCCAUUGUCGAGCGACUCGGCCACUCCAGCACAGACGCAGGGCACACCGGCGCCAGCAGAGCCAGAUGCCGCAGCCACCAGCGCGUCCUCUCCCCCGCCGUCAGGGAGUGGCUCGGGUGGUGGCAGAUUCCUGGACCAGAUGCCCAACGCGUUCAUGACCUACGCGGGGUUGAAAGCGGCCACCAAGCAUGCGGACACCGCCAAGGACUGGAUCAAGUGGCUUGACGACAUGUCCGAGACGCCAGAGGAAAUCGACGAGCUGUCGGCCAAGGCCUCGACGGCGCGCGACACCAUCACCCAAGUUCAGGAGACGCUCAAGGCGCGGCCGGACCUUGUCGAGGGGGACAAGGGCGGGCAGCUCAAGAAGCAGAUCGAGGAGGCCGUAGGCGAGACCGACAAGGCGCUCGGCAAGAUGACAAAGUUGCUCUCGGACAUUAGCAAGAAGGGCACGGAUCACGGAAACGUGGUGAAUGGGAUGCAGAAUUUCUGGAGGUCGUACCGAUACAAGGAAGAGUUCAAAGACAAGGUCGAGAAGGCUGAUGAAGAUCUCCAGAAGGAGCUCGCCAAGCUCUCGACCUUGAUGGUGAACAUUUACUCCCGUGCCCUGAUGAAGCCGGCACCCCCCGGAUCCGGAGUCGUGCCACCUCCAGCACCCGUCACCAGGGAGGAGGCCCAGAAGUUUGAAGAAACGCACGCGGGUGACAAGGUGAAGCCUCAGCUAGCUGAGGAGCAGCCACGGCUGGAUGACACUGCGGCGAAAGCUGAAGAGGGCAAGGCACGCGACCCAAUGCCAUCCUCAGCUACGUCGGCGACAACUGGUCCUACAAGAGCUAACAUUCCGACCAUUGUCGAGCCCAUUGCGAAGCCCGACCUCGAUGCGCACUCACCUCCUCCCCGCUCACCGUCCGCCGUGGGCGACGAAGAAGAGAUUCUUGGCUCGCCACCAUCCUCCUCGCAUAGUUCUCCGCAGGAGCAGCCACGACGCAGUAGCGCGGUCGGCGAGCAAGAAGAAGAGGACAAGCUCCUCGACGCAGCGUGGGAUGGGCACGUCGAAGAGGCCAAGGAGGCUCUCCGUCACGUCUCCCACGCCUGCUGCGACCUGCGAGGCCUCACGCCCCUCCACCUAGCCGCAGAGCGCGACAAACUCGCCGUCGCCAUGCUCCUCCUCGACCGCGGCGCCGACAUUCACGCCCAGUCCGAUGGUGGCCGCACCGCUCUCCACCUGGCCGCCCGGUCCGCCACCGCACCCACCGUCGAGAUGCUCCUCGAGCGCGGCCGGGCGGACCCCAACGCGCAGACGGCCAAAAGCCGCACGCCGCUGCACUACGCGGCGAGCAAGGCCGAGGACGGCGACGAGGAGAGGCGCGAGAUCAUCCGCGUACUCAGGGACUUUGGGGCGGAUCCCACCGUCGUCGACCGCGAGGGCGAGACGGCGCGAGAUGUGGCGCAGAAAAGGGGCCAUUGGGAUGCGGCUGCCACGCUCAAGAGGGCCGAGCGGCGGUGGGAGGAGGAGCACAAGCAGAACUGGCUGCAGCGACACGGGUUCCGCAAGUGA